CAACGACAAAAUUGCUCCACAAUCAAAGCCAAGGUGCCAGCAGCGACGACAACAGGCCACUAAUGAAGCUACGGAGGUUUCUUCAUACAGAAAACUAUCCCAACUUGAGUUAAUAUUUGGGAUCUGUAUGAAGAGAAUUGACGAACUAGAACUUUAUCAAUUAGGCUCUAUUGAUGGCUGCAACGAAACAGAGAGAUUUGUUACUUUAUGUGGUGCUAUAUCUACUUUAGGCAAGAUAAAGAAUGGAAUAUUGCAUAGAGAAUGGUUCUUGUCUGGAAUUAAUAAUAAAGGCAAACUUGACUAUACCAUUAAGAAAGAUGAGAAUAUUUUUUGCACAAUAGAAGCGAAGAUGACAAAUAUUGAACAAGGAUUUUGCCAAAACCUUGUUCAAUUGCAGUGUGCGUGCGAG